AUGAAGAGCUUUGUCAACAUAAUCAUCAUCAUUAAUAAGAAUAGAGAAAACCAGAUCUUAGAUCUGCAGCAGAAGAUUGAAUAUUUACACAGACAGAUGACUACACUGAACCUGAAGAUCUCAUUACAAUUGUUCACAACCUCUUCAGAAGUGUACACAUCAUCAGAGAUCACUACACAGAAUGAGAAUCUGAGCAUGAAAUAUAUCAAGUCAGAAGAUCUGCUGAAGUCACUAAGCUUCAAUGAUAACUGA